UUGCUGUGUCAACAAAAUGAGGGGGUUCAUAAUUUUAAGUAUAUCUGUGCUCUGGCUGGGAUCGUUAUGCUGUUCGGGAUUUAGUUUGACAAAAGUAAAACCAUCGAAAUUAGUCCUUCAAGUAAUAGACGAUGACUUUGAUAAUAUGGACCAGAAAUCUCCAAGGAUAUCCAGUCCAAAUGGGAGAAUACCAACUUUAAGUGAAAUAAUUUAUUACCAUAUAAUUGAACGACCAUUCUGGAGAUAUGAAGAGAGUAAAGAGGUUACUUCUGACGAAGAAAUCCUGGUCGCCAAUGAUGGACGUCCAUUCACGAAUGGACAAGGGUUUCAGUUUUUGACUGAAGAUGAUGACGAAUCCGAACAAUCUGAGAAUGAGAAACCCGAACCUGAUGACAAAGUAGAAACCCCAGAAGAUAAGUCAAAGAGGUCUGCUGAUGAGGUGUCAGAAGAUUCACUAAACAAACUACCAGUACACGAACCACUAAAUGCUUCGAAGAAUGUACUACAGGAUGUACAACAGAACUCACCGAAAUACGAACUAGAAGACGGACAAAUAGAUGCUGUGCAAGAUGAACAAAAAGACUUACUAGAAAAGACACAAGAAGAUACGCCAAAAGGUGAAUCUAAGGACGCAGAAGAACAUAAAAAUACACCAGAAGAUGAACAAAAGGAGGUACCAGAAGAUAAACUAACAGAAGACGAACAGAAAAAUGCUCCACAAAACGAACAAAAAGAACAAAGAAGACAGAAACGCGAAGUUUUAGAAGAAGAUGGAAAUUUUAAUGAUGGCCCAACUUGGUACUAUAUUGUACCCAGUGGCAACGGCUUUGAAGAUAUUGGAGAGUUAAAUGGAAACGACAUAGAAUUUGAUUCAAAAGAAUCCAGCCAAGAACCUUUUGAAAAUAUCGCUUACAAUCAAGUAGUCGUCGACGGUUUAGAAGACAACGAUAUCUUUGAAGAAGUAAUUGAAGAAAAUUCCAAUGAAAGCGCUUCUGAUAACUCAGGAGAAACUUUUUGCGAAGACGAUGGUGAUUCUGGUGAAGAAGACGGUGAAUCCAGCGAAGAAGUUUAUGUGCCUGGUAUACUUGGUAAUAUUCUAAGCAAUGAUAUUAUUAAUAUCGAAGAGCAAAUACCAGGUUUUGAAAUCAAAAGCGAGGAAUCUGAUAAAGCUAACAUAGUAAAUGUUCUAGAAGGUUUGUUUACUAAAAUAGUAAAAAACCAAAUAGUUAUUAACAAUAAUGUGCCUCUACCUGAAGAAUCUGAUGAAAUUGUCGCUGAAAAAGAUGCAGUUGCAAAAGAAAACCCUAAAGAUGAAGUUAGCGAUGAAGUUGUAAAAAUUACACCUGAAAAAGAAAAGGAUUCUGCACAAAAUGGAAAACCGGACGUUGAACCAGAAAAACUGUCUGAAAAUGAAAACCAAGAAGCUACUUCAGAAAUCAAUGAAGAAAAAAUAACCACAGAAAGCCCUAAUAACGCUGAAGUCGAAAACAAUUCUUUGGAAAAACCAGAAAUUCAAAAAGAUAACAUUCCCGACAUAGCCCCUAACAAAGAAGAAAAUGGAGAAGAUUUAGAAGUAGCUUCUAAGGAAAAUAAAAAUGAAUUAUAUAAUGAAAAAGACAGUAAAGAAAAGGACGCAGUAGAAAAGGAAAAUACCCAAGAAAAUCCAUCAGGCGACGAAGGAAAACAUUCUGAGGGCAACGAAAAUGAUAAAAAACCUUUAGAAGAUGAAAAAAAUGUAAAAGAAGAUAGUGUGGUACCUACUGAGGAUGAAAAGGAAGAAUUGAAGGAUGUAACAGAGGCACCUGUAGACAAAUUGGAAGAAGAAAAGGAGCCUAUACUAGAAAAGCAGACCAAGAAAUACAUCGAAAAAGAAAUAACAGCACAAAUAAAUAAAUAUUUCGAAGAACAUAAACCGGAAAAUAAAGUUGAACCAGAAAAAGAAGUAUUACCUGAAAAAGAACCUGAAAUUGAGCCCCAAACAGACGAAAUUGGUGUAACAACACCUGAAAAUACUGAUAAAACUGUUGCAAAACCUCCUAACAUUGAAGAUAGCAUAGAAAAACCUAUUGGACAAGAAAAUAAUAAAGACGAUUAUAAAGAAACAGAAGAUAAAAGAACUUCAGAUGACAAAAACAAAGAACACAAACUGGAAGAAGACAAAUCAAAGGAAAAACCAUCGGUUCAUGUAAAAUCUAAUAAUGUAUACGGUAACUCAGUGGGCAAUGAGAAAGUAACUAAUGUUUACAUAUUCUACGGUAACAAAAACUUAGGCAAUAUCGUAAAAAAUGUAAAGCAUCUUGUAGAUGGUAACAAAAAUACUAAUUUAUACGCCAUUGGACCUGAAAAGGGAAAACAUACUAGUCAUAAAAAGAAUAAAAGUCACAAUGUUGAUGAGGCUGACAAAGUAAGUGAAGAAGAAAAACAUGUUAAAAAGGAAUCUCAGGUGAACGCCGAUAAUAAUGAAAUUAAAGACCAAAUCGAACAAAAUGAAUUUAAAAACUCUGAAGAUAAACCAAAUUCAAAUGAUAAUUUAGUCGCUGAAAAAGAUACUACUGAUGAUGUAGAUGUGGAAACUGAAGGAGACGAAAAUCAUCAAGAUUCUUCUGACAUACGGGAAGAGCCAAAAAAAUCGGAUAAACCCAAUAAGGAAUCACCGUCCCAUAAGAAACAUGACUUCAAAGAAAAAGUAGAAGUAGGAAAAGAUUCAAAUGAAGAUAAAUCUGAUGAUGAAAAAUCUUCAAAAGAAAAUCCCGGAUUGCCUUCGGAGAAAAACAUAUCUGCCAUAAAAGAAAACUCUGAAAAAGACAAAUCUGUAGGGAAGACCGAUGUGACUGCCGAUAAAAAGAUACUUGAUGAGAAAAAAGACGAAUCGGCUGAGAAAAAUCAAGCAUCUGCUGGAAAGAAAGACGGCUCUGCCGAAAAAGAUGCAACUAUUAACAACACAGAUGAAUCUACUGAUAGAAAAGAUAAAUCCAUUGAAGAGAAGAAUAAAUCUGCCGAAAAGAAACAUAAAUCUGGCGAAAAAGAUAAGGCUACUAAGGAAAAAGAUGAAUCUGCUAAUAAGAAACAAGAGUCUGAGGAGAAAAAUGAUGAAUCCGUAGAUAAGGAACAUAAACCUGUCGAAAAGAAAGAGGAAUCUCUGGAAACACAUGAAUCAAAUAAGAAGAAGGACACAUCUGCCGAAAAAGAUAAAGGUGCUGAGAAAAAAGAUGAAUCUGCUGAGAAGAAAAAUGAACCUGCUGAAAUGAAAGUCGAAUCUAUUGAAAAAGACAAGAAAGACGAAAUCACUGAGGGAAAAGAAAAAUCAGCUGAGAAAAGAGAUAAAUUAGCUGAGAAAAGAGAUAAUGCCGCCAAGACACAAGAUGAGUCUCUAGAGAAGGAAGAUAUAUCUGAUGAAAAAGAUAAAAAUGCUGACAAAGAAAAAAAAUUUAGCGAGAAAAGAGAUAAACCUACUGAAAAGAAACACAAAUCUUUUGACAAUAAAGAUGAACUCGCUGAAAAUAAAGAUAAAUCUGCCGAAAAAGAUUUAACCACGGAGAAGAAAGAUGAAUCUGCUGAAAAAGAUGAAGUAGCAGACAAAUACGAUGAAUCAGCUGAGAAGAAAGACGAACCCGUUAAAAAGAAAGACGAAUCUUCUAAUAAAAAAGAUGAACCCGCUGAAAAUAAAGAUAAAUUUGCCGAAAAAGAUUUAACCGCGGAGAAGAAAGAUGAAUCUACUGAAAAAGAUGAAGCAGCAGACAAAUACGAUGAAUCAGCUGAGAAGAAAGACGAACCCGUUAAAAAGAAAGACGAAUCUUCUAAUAAAAAAGAUGAACCCGCUAAAAAUAAAGAUAAAUCUGCCGAAAAAGAUUUAACCGCGGAGAAGAAAGAUGAAUCUACUGAAAAAGAUGAAGCAGCAGACAAAAACGAUGAAUCGGCUGAGAAGAAAGACAAACCCGUUGAAAAGAAAGACGAAUCUUCUAAUAAAAAAGACGAAUCCGCUGAAAAUAACGAUAAAUCUGCAGAAAAAGACGAAAGUGCCAAGAUAUCUGGUGAGACUAAAGACGAAUCAACUGAAAAAAAGGCAGAACCCGCUGAAAGUAAAGAUAAAUCUGUUGAGAAAGAUGGAGACGCUGAGAAAAACGACAAAUCUCUAGAGAAAAAGGAAAAAACUGACGAAAUCGAUGACGGCGCCGAGAAAGAAGACGUAUCCAAUGAGAUGGAAGACAAAUCCAAUAUGAAAAAAGAUGGCAUUGUUGAGAAAAAUAAUGAAUCUGCUGAGAAAAAAGCUGAUUCCGAAGAAAAAGAUAAGCCUGUCGAAAAAGACGCAACCGCAGAUAAAAAUGACGAAUCUAAUGAGAAACAAGACGAAUCUGUUGAAAACCUAGACGAAUCUAAUGAAAAGAAAAAUGAGUCUGGAGAGAAAAUAGACAAAUUAGCUGAUGCUGCAAAGAAAGAUAAAUCUGCUGGAAAAGAUGAAGCAGCAGACAAAAACGAUGAAUCUGCCGAGAAAAAAGACGAAUCCACCGAGAAGAAAGACGAAUCCACCGAGAAGAAAGACAAAUCCGAUGUGAAUCAAGAUGGCAUUGUUGAGAAAAAUAAAGAAUCAGCUGACAAGAAGGACGAAUCUGCUGAGAAAAAAGCAAAUUCCGCCGAAAAAGAUAAGUCUGUCGAAAAAGACGCAACCGCAGACAAAAAUGACGAAUCUAUUGAGAAACAAGACGAAUCUGUUGAAAACCUAGACGAAUCUAAUGAAAAGAAAAAUAAGUCUGGAGAGAAAAUAGACAAGUUAGCUGAUGCUGCGAAGAAAGAUAAAUCUGCUGAAAAAGAUGAAGCAGCAGACAAAAACGAUGAAUCUGCUGAGAAGAAAGACGAAUCUUCUGAGAAAAACGACAAACGCACUGAAAACAAAAGUAAAUCUGGCGAUGAAGGUGCUCAGCAGGAAAAAGAUGAUACUGCUGAGAAAAAAGACGAAUCUGUAGAGCAAGAAGAAAAAGUAGAUGAAGAACACGCAGAUGCCAAGAAUAAAGUCGAUUCUGCUGAAGAGAAAGAUGAAUCCGUUGAAAAAGACAAGACUAAGAGGCGAAGAUAACAUUAUAGAAAAGUAAAACUCUAUUAAGAGUUAAUCACUAAAAAGGUAUCAGAGUCAAAAGUCAAAAUCAUUUAUUUAAAUUAGACCAGAAAGGCACUUUUGAGCGUCAACAAAAAAUUAAAAGUGAAGC